AAGAGAGACGUAGUAAGAGAGGGAAAGGAGAGGCCGAGCGCAAAACGGGACCCGUAGAAGGCUGGAGUGAUCCGCGACAGCUCUUUCGAGAAAUACGAAUUAUGAGCGAGUCGUGGAAUCCUUCUCGACGGCAGAGGUCGCCCGUUUAGUUUGGAUCCUCCACCGGGCGAGGACCCUCUUCGCGGUAGGAUUUCGGAUCGCGUCGGAAGAUCCUCGCUCUCCUCUCUCCAUUCUUUCCUCUCAAUUUCAAGUGUAUCGAGAAAAAGAGAAGAUGGAUGGAUAGAACGGUGUUCCCUGAUCGAUCCUGGUAGCUUCCGGAGAAAGGCGGCUGCUUGGCUACCUCGCUCGCUCUCUCUCUCUCUCUCUCUCUCUCUCUCUCUCUUUCUCUCUCGCGCGCGCUUUCUCGCUUUAUUCCUUUCUCCCUUUUAUUCCCUACUCGAGCCUCUUUUCUAAAGAGUCCGCAGAUAUAUCUAAAAACAACCCUCUGUGACGUACGUGAUCUAGCGCGGUCUACGAACCACCUGUGAACUCCUCUCACUUUGGAAUUAGCUAGUUGGAAUACGUAACGAUAUUGAUGAUAAAUGGUGGUGUUGCUUGCCUUAAUGUUCUUCGUAGUUCGUCAUUUAUUUUCUUUUUAAUUCUCGUGAAAGUGAGUGUCCCACUCGACUUUGCUGUUCUCGUUAGAGGAAAACUACCGAAGCAAUAAUUGGCACUUCGAGGGAGAUAACUUGUUGACCACAGAUUGAUGACUGUUUGGACGUUUUUGCAAACACGUCGGAAUGAAAUACUUGAAAGUUGCAGUGUUCACGUUCAACCUGUUAAUAUGGUUGGCCGGUUGUACGGUGCUAGUUAUAGGAGCAUGGUUACUGUUGGAGCCGAGCAAAGGACACCUUCUGAAUCUUUUUCUACCCGACGUCAAACCCCACGAGACGAUUGAUUUGAUAGCGUACAGCCUGGUCGGCCUCGGCUUCACCGUCUUUAUGGUGGGUUUCUUUGGUUGUCGUGCUGCCGUGCGUGGAAAUCAGUGCAUUCUCGCCACGUACAUGAGCAUGCUGGUCGCCCUGAUCGUAACAGAGCUUGUCACAGCAGCGGUCGGUGGGCUCAUGACUUUUCGGAUUCUUUCCGACUUGGAGGGAAGACUGUCCAAUAAACUGACCACGGACUACGGCCACGACACUACCAGCGAUAUCUCAUUUAGCCAUAGUCUUGAUUUCGCUCAGUACAAGUUUAAUUGCUGCGGAGUGCACAGCGACGCGGAUUACAAUGGUACGGCAUGGUGGAGGGAUGGCCAAAUUUCAGGAAGCAGGCGACAGGUUCCAAUCACGUGCUGCGUUCUCAAAAAUACCGAGGUAAAGAAUACAGGUAGUCCGAUGAGCGUUGUCUCGAGAGUAUUUCACAAAAACCACGAGAAACCAUGGCUUCAUCCACAGGCGAAGGACGAAGCCGCGUGUCAAGUGGAAGACCAAGAGGGUCACGAGGGUUAUCGACACAAGGAGGGUUGCCUCGGAAAAGUUAGCAAUUGGCUUCAGAGCGAGAGCUUCACGUUAGUUUUCCUGGGUAUGGCAAUGGCUGGCAUUCAGACUUUUGGCAUAAUCACGUCUGCGUUCCUUUGUCGAACUAUCCGAGAUAUGCAAACGGAUUAAUCCGCGUCCUGAAAAGGAGAUAAGAGUUUCUUUAGCCUUUAAAGAUAUCGAGGAUAUUUUGAAAGGAAGAAGAGAGGAGAAAAAGGAAGAACGAAGCGUUUCUCGACUUAUUUCUUUGCUAUUCAAACGCGAUAGAAAGGAAGAAGAGGAAUCGGACUCUCCGGUGGGACAACUUUUAUAGCGACCUGCCUUUACGAAAUUCGAGAUUGUGAAGCUCGAAGAGUAAUGACGCGAAAAGAAAAUUUAUUCGAUCGACGUUGCUCCGAGUCACUCCCGUCCCUUAUCGUAUAUUUAUUGCAUAAGACGAACCAAUUUUUCUGGAACCAAUCGAGAAAAAAUACAGUGUGUUAAACCCGUUGUAAAUACAUAUAAAUACGUGUAUCUCUUACGUGUCCAUCUCAAAGAACUGAAGGGGAAAAAGUUGAGAGAAUAUCGAGAUUAAUUUUUCGAGAAGAAAUAAAACGAACCAGUGAAUGCCAUGAACGUUGUCAAAAAGUGUGAAUUCUUACUCGCAUAAUAAUUUGUAAAUAUGCGACGUGCCAAGAGCAUCCAUCGCGACUAAUACAGCGUGCGUCAAGUUUAUCGUCAUUUUUAUUUCAUUAUUCUCUCUUUUAUACUAUUUUCUACAAAUUCCGAUGGAAUCGUUUAUAAUACAUAUUUGACAAGGAUGUGCCAGCUAAUACUUUUCUUUUUUCCUCAACUAUUAGAUGCAUUUCAUAUUUUUCACUAUUUAUAAUAAUUUUGACUUUUAUUUGAAAAUGAGAACAAGAUUUGAGAUACAACAAGUUUAGCUGACCCAUCGCUCACACGCGCAUACAUAUAUAUAUAAAAGUAUAUAUCUACGCACACGUAUGUAUAUAUAUAUACACAUAUGCGUAGGUAUAUACUUUUAUAUGAAACUCGACUUCGCGGCGAUACGUGAGUAUACAUUAACAAUGUCCGUAUAUACAUGUAUUAGAAAAUAUCUUUGGUAGUUCGUCGCAUCGUUUAUUUCAGUUUUCGUGUCAAAUCAAAGAAUCUUUUCGUAUGUAUGUAUCUCCCGUUCGAAAGUAUAAGCUGUAUGUUUCUCUGAACGUACGUCACAUUCGUAGAAAUGUUAUUGUACGUCGUACGAGAAUAAUAAAAUGUUUUAUUAGGCAUGGCAA